AUGGCUUUCCACGCAAGUGGGCUGCCGAGCAUCGCGGCGGCGACCACGGAACUGUGGCCGUCGGUUGCGAACACGCUGCUCAUCCCCUGGCGAGGCGUAUCGUACGCCCCUCCAACUCCCUCUCCCCCGGUAUCACAAUCUCCCUCAACAACCCUCGCCCUCGAUGCCCCGGCUACCCCGUCGAACCCCCCCGCGACCCGAUCCAAGACCGAACUUCCCGACUUCCUCCGGGCCGCUCAACCCGGACUGUCGUCGCGAUUCCUCGACCCCCGCCUCGCUUCCACUCCUGCAUCAGCCCUGUCUACAAACCUCUUCUCGGAAUUCUCGACCAUGUCCCCGCGCUCGCUCAGCAUGGCGAACCCCCUGACGCGCCGCUCCUACGCCGCACUGGUGGCCCGCCCACUGUCGACGACCACACAAUCGACCACGUCUCUUCCCGGCUUCGGCUUCCGCUCCAUGAGCACCUAUCAACCGAGCCGCAUGCAGCCUCUCUCUUGGAUCAAGACCCCACAAUGGCAGUCUACUGGUACUUUUGGCUUUGGGCAAUACCGCGGUUUUGGCACUGGCGGUGUCUCGCGCGAUCUCCUGGCCAACCGUGAGGCGUCGGCGAACCGGAACCCGAACAGUGCGACGGCGCAGAACUCGUUUUAUCAGUUGCUCUUGAAGGCGAACAUGCCGGCCAUUGUGGUCGAACGGUAUCAGUCUGGCCGCUUUGCCACCAACGAGGUCAUCGAUGCGGCGUACCAAAAGGCACUGACCAUGAUCAACGGCACCGGCGCUGGCAACCCCUCUCUCGGCAAUCCCACUCUCACAGCAACCGGUCUCAGUCCCAGCAGCGCCCAAGCCGUCGGCCAGGCCGUCGCGGCGCACCAGGCAGGCACCAACACGGCCUUCUCGACCGGCGCCACAAUCGGCAAGAACGGCGCCCUGCACGUCAUCGUCGACGAGACCUGGGGCAACGUCUUCAUGCGCUGGAUCAAGUUCCUCCUGUGGUUUGGUCUGACGGCCUACAUCGGCCUCGUCGUCAUCACUCUCGCCGUCGAAAACAUGGCCUCGCUCAACCGACGCCCCGGCAAAGUCGACAGCAUCGACCCCAAGGCCAAGACGCAAAAGACCCGCUUCUCCGACGUCCACGGUUGCGAUGAGGCCAAGGAAGAGCUGCAGGACGUGGUCGAAUUUCUCAAGAACCCGGACCGCUUCAGCGACCUCGGCGGCAAGCUUCCCAAAGGUGUUUUGCUGGUAGGACCCCCCGGUACAGGCAAGACGCUGCUGGCACGUGCUGUGGCCGGUGAGGCCGGCGUGCCCUUCUUCUACAUGUCCGGUAGUGAGUUCGACGAGAUCUACGUCGGCGUCGGUGCCAAGCGCGUGCGCGAGCUCUUCAACGCGGCCAAGGCCAAGUCCCCCUCCAUCAUCUUUAUCGACGAACUCGACGCCAUCGGCGGCCGCCGCAAUUCGCGCGACGCCACCUACAUCCGCCAGACCCUGAACCAGCUCCUGACCGAGAUGGACGGCUUCUCCUCCAACAGUGGCGUCAUCGUCAUGGGCGCCACCAACUUCCCGCAGUCCCUCGACAAGGCCCUGACCCGCCCCGGCCGCUUCGACCGCCACGUCACUGUUUCCCUCCCGGAUGUCCGCGGCCGCAUCGCCAUCCUCAAGCACUACGGCAAGAACAUCAAGCUCGGCUCCGACGUCGACUUUGUAGCCAUCGCCGGCCGCACCUCGGGUCUCUCGGGCGCCGAGCUGCAGAACAUUGUCAACCAAGCCGCCGUGCAGGCCAGCAAGCAAAAGGCCCAGUCCGUCAUGCAAUCACACUUUGAGUGGGCCAAGGACAAGGUGCUGAUGGGCGCCGAGAAACGCAGCAUGGUGAUCACCCCCAAGGAGAAGGAGAUGACGGCCUACCACGAGGCCGGCCACGCCAUUGUUAGUUAUUACUCGGGCGACACCACCGGUGAGCUGUACAAGGUUACGAUUCUGCCGCGCGGGCGCAGUCUCGGCCACACCGCGUAUCUGCCCACUAUGGACAAGCACUCGUAUACCGUGAGGGAUUAUCUCGGUCUUAUUGACCGCGCCAUGGGCGGGAAGGUGGCCGAGGAGAUUGUCUACGGUAACGAGUUGGUCACCAGCGGUGUCAGCAGUGACCUCGACCGCGCAACCCAAACAGCCUGGCAAAUGGUCGCCCAACUCGGCAUGUCCGAACGUCUCGGCCCCGUCGAAUACCUCCGCUCCUACGAAAAACUCAGCUCCGAAACCCGCGCCAUGGUCGAAUCCGAAGUCAAACGAGUCCUCGAAGACUCCUACUCCCGCGCCCGCACCCUCCUCGUCGCCAAGCGCCGCGAACUCGACCUUCUCGCCCAGGCUCUGGUGCAGUAUGAAACCCUCGAUAAAUCGGAAGUCGAGAAAGUCCUGCGCGGUGAGAAGUUAGUCGGGCGGAUUGCGGCGCCGCCCGGGCCGAUGGCUGUGCCGAAGCCGGAGGCUCCGGCUGGUGGGCCUGGGGAUGUACCGGUGCCGCCGGUGCCGCCGUUUACACCGGGGGCUGGGGCGGCGGGGCCGGGUGGUGCUGGUGGGGAGGACGCGGGGUCAGGGGGGAGUACGUCGCCUCCUCCGCCUGCGCCGCCGCCACCGGGGAGUGCGAAUCCGAAGGAGUAG